AAAGACGAAAAAAUAAUGAGCGAGAAAUCUUCUUCCAAGGACGAAGCACAAGACAAAAGGCAAGAUGGAAAGGAACAGCAAGAAUCUAAAACGAGGACUGAGAAUAAAGAGGGCGGCGAUGAAAACGAAGAUCUUGAUGAAGAAGCAGACAACGAUCAAGAUGAUGAAGGAAUCGAUGUGACACCAGGAAAAGAGAAAUCCAAAACAAAAACAGAUCGUAAAAAAUUAUCAGAAAGAAUCGAAAAUUUUCAAGUUCGGAUAAAAAUUCACGAAGGAAGACAAAUGACAGGAUCGAAUAUUAAACCAGUGGUGAAAAUCAAAUGUGGACCGAAUCAAACAAAAAUAACAAGAGUAAAGAAAGGGGCGUCUCCCGUCUGGGAAGAACUGUUGAUGUACAACUUCAAAGAUUCGCUGAAGAAUUUAUAUGAUUAUGUGGUCGAGUUCACGGUCAACAACUCGAAAAAACUGAGAACGGAUACAUUGAUUGGAUACUUCAAACUUGAUCUGGGAAAUGUAUACGAUCAAACAGAUCAUGCUCAUGUUCGCAAAUGGAUCUUGUUGACUGACCCAGAAGAUAGCAGCAACACCCCUCAUGGAUAUCUUAAAAUAACAAUAUGUGUUCUUGGAGCUGGAGAUGAACCGCCAAAUGAAAGUGGGAGUGCCGAAGACGAUGACGUAGAAGGGAACGUUCUCACGCCUGCAGGGGUCACAUUUCAAUCUGUCAAUUUUAUUUUCCGGUUUUUCAAAGCAGAAGAUGUACCUCAGAUGGACACAGCUGCAUUCCAGGGAAUGAAGAAAUUGAUUGGAUUUGGAAAUGAUUCCCCGGAUGCUGAAGAAAAACUUGUUGACACUUUUGCUGAGAUCAAAUUUAUUGGGAAAAGACAAAAAACUAAAGUGAUUGAAGAAAACAAUAAUCCGGAGUGGAACGAAGAAUUAUGUCUGCCAUUAAAAUUUCCAUCAAUGUGCAAUUUGAUCAAGAUCAGACUAUACGAUUGGGAUAGAGUUGGCACAAACGAUGCCAUUGGAUCUUUCAGUCUCCCAAUUUCCGAGAUAUCUUCCAACGAUGAAGAUGCAGGUUUCUUGCCGACGUUUGGACCAACUUUUAUAAACUUGUAUGGCUCACCAAGAGAGUUCUCCAACUUGAAUGACCAACUAGACGACAUGAAUUACGGGAAAUGUGGUGGCUGCGCUUUCAGAGGGAGGCUCAUGGUUGAACUGAAAACAAAACUGCAGGACGACACGGAAGAAAAGACACCAAAAUCCCAACCAAUUGAGGAUGACAUCAUAGCAGCAACCACAAAAUAUAUGCGAAGACGAAAAUAUCGCUUGGUCGUCGCUUUCUAUGGAGCGAGUAUGAUUGAAAAAGCUGAUAAUGCAGUUGAAUUCGAAGUAUCAAUAGGAAAUUACGGGAAUAAAUUCGACGUUGAUACACCCUUAGAUUCAUCAACUACAGAACCCACAAAACCAGUGUUCGGAGGUACCCAUUAUUCGUAUGUCUCCUGGGGUGCAAGAAAACCAGUAAUCUGUUUGACUUCAUACUGGGAAGAAGUUGACUUUCGCUAUCAUUCAUUGAAUGUUCUUCUGAGAAUGGUUUCAUCAUUGGAAACCGACAUUGAUCGCGUAGAGAAAAUGAUAGACGACAAAGAAUUUGGAGAAAUGGAGACGGCAUCGGAAAUUGUAGGAAUUCUGGAUGAUUUGAUAGGAGCGUGCAGAAAAGGAAUCCCCGACCCACGAGGUAGGAACGUUGCAAAUGCUCUAGAUCAGCGAGUGUUCCAAAGAAGAAAAUUGCAACUUGAAUUGAUUAUGAUUGAAGCAACUGAACUUCGACGAACUUGUACUGAUGUUCGGUUAGCUCUGACAUCGCUGCAAGAUUACUUAGAACGUUUAAAAGAACUGGCACAUGAGCCGCAAAACAGUAUGCCCGACGUCGUCAUAUGGAUGAUUUCGAAUAAUCAAAGAGUAGCGUAUGCUAGAAUUCCUGCAAACGAAGUCUUAUAUAGCAAAAAUCGAGACCAAUACUCUGGAAUCAUGUGUGGUAGAACACAGACUAUUUUUCUCAAGUAUCCAACAACAAGCAGCAAAAGUAAAAAGAAUUACAAAUCUUGUCAACUUCAAGCAAUGAUUUGGCUUGGGCGAGCAGCAGACCAAGAAGAUUUUAAUUUUGAUUCGAGAGGACAAAUAUCUGUUUACGCGGACAUGUAUGAAAUUCAGCAGAAGAAUCCAAUAAGAGGUUGGAUAUCCGAUGGCUACAAAGAUCGAUCAAUGAAGAUUUCACUUUCAAAAGACAAAUUUCUUUGUCCAUCAGGAUGGCAAUGGGCUGGAGAUUGGUUUGUUAAUCCAAAAUCAGUUGCUUCCAACAACUCACUUACACGCGAAGUAUUUACAGAGGAAGCGUACGAAAACCAGAACCGGUUUGCAGGUGAAUUGUGGGAAGAGCAAAGUUAUCAGAAUAGCGAAGACCAAGCUAUAUCUAGCCUCGAUGCUAUAGGUCUACCUGAAGGAUGGGUGUGGGAAACCAAAUGGAAUGUGGACCAUGGAAGACCAUGUGAUGAAGAUGGAUGGGAAUACACAAAAGAUGCGAAUAAGAAAAACCCAAUUUGGGAGCAAACAGAGAAAGUAUUUCAUCAAAAUCGAAAAAGAAGAUGGGUUAGGACAAAGAAGUGCGUUGAUGCGAAGAUACAAGCAAAAAAGGAGCGAGAAAAAUAUUCCGCCGAGGAAGGAUGGGAAUAUGCAAGUGAUUUCCGACGAAGACGAAAAUGGCUGAGACGUUUGAAAACCGAGGAUUCGUCCCGAUCAGCGAUUAUUUUCAAUCUUUCGGAUCAGUCGUUUGUGAUAACUGACGAAGGAUUAGGUGAGGAGACUGAGCCAUCGGAGGAUGAACUUUCAUCAGUUCGAACAGGUCCAAAGGAUGAACACAAAGAAGAAGAUAAAGAGAAGAGUCCUUCAUUCUUCAAGAAAUUGAAAAGUUUGGGAAGAAGUAGCGACGACAGCGAUGAUGAAGAGAGCGAACAUGAAGAGAAAAAGGGUGAGAAAAGUCCUUCCUUCUUCCAAAAGUUGAAGAAGAUAGGAAAAGAUGGCGACAGUGACAAGAAAGCCAAAGUUAGAAGAUCGAUGCCAAGUCCGAAAAUGUAUCUGGAUUUUCAAGGUGCAAUUCCAAUACAACUUCGAGUCUAUUUGUACCAAGCAAGAGAUUUACUUUCAAUGGAUCAAGACAGUUUAUCCGAUCCAUUUAUUUUUGUUUCUUUCAUGGACCGAUGCGAACGUACCCGAGUAAUAGAGAAUUCACUGAACCCUGUUUGGAAUCAAACUUUGAUUAUCGACCUGAAUUACUACGGUGAUCUGAAUCAUCUACGUUCUUCCUGUCCUGAUAUUAUCGUGGAAGUGUUCGAUAAAGACGAUAUUGGAUCAUUGGAAUUCAUGGGAAGUGCAGCAUUUCAACCUCAGUUUAAAAUUGAUCCAGAAGAUUCAACGAUGCCUAAGUUGGCUUGGUACGAUAUACACAAAGGAAAUGCAGAUGCAGGAAAUUUAUUAGCAUGUGCUGAAUUACUAGUGAAAUAUCCCGGAAGAAUAUUGCCGCUUCCUCCUCCACGGCAAAUGGACAUUUACCGAAUUCCGAUUGGGAUUAAACCUGAACUGCAGAGAACAGCAAUCGAGUUAAUGAUAUGGGGUGUGAGGAAUAUGAAAGCUUUCGAGUUACUUAGCGUUGACAAGCCCAGCGUCGUCGUUGAGAUUGGUGACGUCAAAAUCCAGACGGAAGUUAUCAAGAAUCUAAAAAAGACUCCGACGUUUAAAGAACCGAUACUAUUUGUAGAAGCGAAUCUACCAAAGAAACAAAUUUAUUGUCCUCCAAUUUUGUUUCGCGUCAAAGACAAUAGAAAGUUUGGUCGUCGUCCCACGGUUGGUCGACAUGUAAUAUCUGAUAUAACAGAAAACAUAGUUCCUACUCCUGAAAUUGAAGUAAUCGAAGAGGACGAGGGAUUUGACGGUGACACCAGUAUUGAAAUCUCUCCGCCCUCACCAACGGCAGAAUGCAAUGUAGAAGUGCAAACGGAUUACGGCGUGUUGAACGAAGCAGGUCCAAGCGGACUGCAGGACGAAACAAACGACCAAGAAAACCAACAUUUAAUUAUUAAAUCGCCGUCCGAGAGGCCAGAACGCGGAAACGGCAGUGUCUCGCCAAACGGAACUGCUCAAACAGAAAUUGAAAUUUACGAUCCAAACGAUGCAGAUGAAGAAAUACAAGAACCGGAAGAAGAAGCAGGAAGCGACGAUGAAAAUUUUGGUCAAAGUAUCAUAUCGAAAGUCGACAUAUUUCGCAAGAAAAUCAUCGACACAAUUCCAACUGUUGAAAACGAAAAGGAACUCAGGGACGAUGAAAUGGACUGGUGGUCAAAAUAUUACGCAUCAUUGGGAGAUGGGAGCAAGUGUGGACAAUAUCUGAAAACCGGGAUGGAUACUGUUCAAAUUUAUUCAAAUGAGCUGGAAAACGAAGAACCGUACAAUCAAUUCAGCGAUUUCAUUCAAACUUUUAAACUAUUUCGCGGGAAACAAGGAAAAGAUGACGACGAUCCUCCCCCGAUUGUAGGGGAGUUGAAGGCCGCCGUAUACAUGUACCCACUGCCUGAUGAUCCAGGAGAUCCAAUGCCAGAGAAGAUAUUCAAGAACCCGCCUUCAACAGAUACUGUGGAGGUCAAAGUUCGUGUUUACGUUGUAAGAGCGUUUGAUCUUUCUCCGCAAGAUUACAACGGACUUGCAGAUCCUUAUUUGAAAAUCAAAGUAGGGAAGAAACGAAUUCUAGAUCGUCCAAACUACAUUCCGAAUACACUGAACCCUACAUUUGGAAGAAUGUUCGAGCUGGAUUUAAUUCUUCCAUUUGAGAAAGACUUGUACGUUGAAGUCUUCGAUUGGGAUCUUAUAGGCACGGACGACAAAGUCGGGGAAACCAUCAUUGAUUUGGAGAAUCGAUAUCUUAGUAAAUUUAAGGCUUGGUGUGGAUUACCGAAAUCAUAUUGCACUACUGGACUGAAUCAAUGGAGGGAUCAAAUGACGCCGAAGGAAUGGUUAAUCCAAAGAGCAAGAGAACUUGGAGUUGACGAACCUGUUUGGAAUGGAAACACUUCUGUUUUAUUCAACAAAAAGAAAUAUAUGCUCGACACUUUCGAAAGGAAACUGAUUCCAUGCAAAGACUGGGGUCCGGCAGAUCAACGUCUUGCACUUCAUGUAUUACGGACAAUGCCUCAUGUUACAGAGCAUGUCGAAACGAGACCUCUGUUUUCAGAUACAAUGCCAGGCAUUGAACAGGGGAGGUUACAGCUUUGGGUUGAUAUGUUUCCAAAAGACUAUGGUGAGCCUGAAAACCCGUUUGAUAUAACGCCAAGGAAAGCAUCCGAAUAUUAUGUUCGGGUUAUUAUAUGGAACUGCAGUGAAAUACCUAUGAUGGACACCUCGGUUUUUGGCGAAAAGAUGACAGACAUAUAUGUAAAGGCAUGGAUCGGGGGAAUGGAACUUAAAAUGCAGAAAACUGACAUUCAUUACAGGUCUUUAGACGGGACGGGAAUGUUUAAUUGGAGAAUGGUAUUUCCAAUCGACUAUUUACCUCAAGAACGAGCAGCUGUUAUAUCCAGAAAAGAAGGAUUUUUCAGUCUCGAUAAAACGACAACUAAGGUUGCUCCUACCCUUUAUCUACAAGUAUGGGACAAUGAUUUGUUUGGACCAAAUGAAUAUAUUAGUGAAAUUACUCUUCCGCUGAACAAAACUCCAAAAUGUACAAGAUUUAGUAAAUUUGCUACAAUAAAAAAUAUUCCUGAUUUGCAAGGAAAUUGUUCUGUUUCGUUAGUCGACAUGUUUGAUCAGAAGAUGUUGAAAGGCUGGUGGCCUUUGUAUGCGAUGAAAGAGGGGGGGAGAGUCCAAGCAGGCAAGAUAGAAAUGUCCAUCGAAGUUUUAACCAGAGAAGAACAUGACGAAAGACCAGCCGCAAAAGCAAGAGACGAACCGAAUGCAAAUCCAAAACUCGAUCCUCCUAAGCGUCCAGCAACUUCAUUUGCUUGGUGGUCAUCACCGUGGAAAUCAUUUCGCUAUAUUAUCUGGAAAAGAUAUGGAUGCAUCAUUAUUACUAUACUGUUGGUUGUUCUUCUCAUCUUAUUCCUAGCUUUAUUUAUUUACACGUUUCCGGGUUCGUUUACAUCUUGGUUUCUGGGUAAAUUCUGAAAAAAGAAAAGAAUACAAAAACUGAAGAUACGAUAUUUAUGUCAUCUGGUUGACAUAAAUACCGUCUCGGAGAGAUGAUCAAUGGGGACCUUGUCACUGGUAGUAUGAACCCGUGAUGUGCACCAUGACGAUUCUAAGAAAAUUCGCGGCAGAAAGUUUCGCCCUAAGAAGUCUUGUCGCAGGAAAUUUCGCCGCAUAGGAAAAAUCGUCCAUGAAAAAUCGUCGCAAGAGCAAAAUUUUCCUACGCGGCGAGAUUUCCUACGGAGAAUUUUCCGGACAUGCACCAUGACAAUGUUUAUAACUGUUUUCCAUCCACUCGCAAUGGUGAAAGCACCUUUUGGCAUGAAGUGAUGAUGGCAUGAAAAAACUGUCCUGGCAUGAUGUGUCUAAACGGCAUUUACAAGAAAUCUAAUGCCACCAUUUAGUGUAGCCAUCUAUCUACCUAUCGAACACGGAGGUACAUAAAUUGAAGACACAUUUUCACCGAAUAACAGAUUAACAUGUUGUUUAUAUUUAUUUGGUAAUACAUAGAGAUUAUUAUUAAUAGAGUUUAAUUUUAUUUUAGCUAAUAUUUGAAUGCAAGUGUGUUAUUUUGAACUUCUUAUCGAAUAAGUUAGCAGAAUUUAUAGUUCGCAAAAUUUUCGAGAUCAUAAUAUUGCAUAUAGUUUUUAUCUAUUAGAGAGGUUUGCGAAAUAAAUGGAAAUGAAAACAUGUUAAAGUGUACAUUUCCUAACGCUGGUGUUCGCUACCAGAGUUAAGUUUACCUUUGGGAGAAAUGAAAUAAAUGGCUUUACAGAGCAG